AUAUAAGAAAACUCAUUCACGAUAGAAAACAUUACGUUUUAUUUAGAUUCAGAGUAUUAGUUAGAAUAUUAAAAGGAAGAGAAGAGAGCUUAAUUAGAGAGUUAUAGCAGUAACAAUGGCUGUUGGUUCGAUAAAAAUCGAAGAAGGCAAUGCUUUCCCUGCAAAGAUGACUGUUCAAGUCGCACUCUGCUCUCUCAUUGCUGCUGUUGGUGGUCUCAUGUUUGGUUACGACAUCGGAAUCUCAGGAGGUGUAACGAGUAUGGACACUUUCUUGUUAGAUUUUUUCCCACACGUGUACGCGAAGAAACACAGAGUACACGAGAACAACUACUGCAAAUUCGAUGACCAGAUUUUGCAGUUGUUCACCUCUUCUCUCUACUUGGCUGGGAUCUUUGCUAGCUUUGUUGCUUCCUAUUUUUCCAGGGCUUACGGAAGAAAACCAACCAUCAUCUUCGCCUCCGUCUUCUUCCUCUUGGGUGCUAUCCUCAACUUAUCUGCCCAAGACCUCGGCAUGUUGAUCGGUGGUCGUAUUUUUCUCGGUUGUGGUAUUGGUUUCGGUAAUCAGACCAUUCCAUUGUUCAUCUCAGAGAUUGCGCCAGCGAAAUAUAGAGGAGGACUAAGCCUCCUGUUCCAGUUUCUCAUCACCAUUGGAAUCUUAGCAGCAAGUUUUGUCAACUACCUAACUUCCACGAUGAAAAACGGCUGGAGAUAUUCUCUUGGUGGCGCCGCCGUCCCUGCUUUAAUCCUCUUGAUAGGAUCCUUCUUUAUCCACGAGACUCCGGCUAGCCUCAUCGAGCGUGGUAAAGACGAAAAAGGGAAGCAAGUCCUUAGGAAGAUCAGAGGCGUUGAAGACAUUGAGCUCGAGUUCAGUGAGAUCAAACACAUCACAGAGAUAUCAACCAAAGUGAAAAGCCCUUUCAAGGAACUCUUUACCAAGCGGGAGAACAGACCACCUUUGAUCUGUGGAACGCUGCUUCAGUUCUUUCAACAGUUCACCGGAAUCAACGUGGUUAUGUUCUAUGCUCCAGUCUUGUUCCAGACGAUGGGUAGUGGUAACAACGCUUCUCUAAUCUCUACUGUUGUCACCAACGGUGUGAAUGCAGCCGCUACAGUUUUCGCCAUUUUGGCUGUUGAUAUGUUCGGUAGGAAAUCCUUUUUGAUGGAAGGAGCCUUACAGAUGACAGUUACACAGAUGACAAUUGGAGGCCUGCUCUUAGCUCACUUGAAGCUGGUUGGUCCUAUUUCAGGCCAUGCUGUGCCACUGAUUGUAUUGAUUCUCAUAUGCGUGUAUGUCUCUGGGUUUGCGUGGUCUUGGGGACCAUUGGGAUGGCUUGUUCCAUCUGAGAUCUACCCUCUUGAGGUGAGAAAUGCAGGUUACUUCUGUGCAGUGGCGAUGAACAUGAUCUGCACAUUCGUCAUCGGACAGUUCUUCUUGUCAGCUCUCUGCAGAUUCAGAUCCGGCUUGUUCUUCUUCUUCGGGACGAUGAACAUUAUUAUGGGACUAUUUGUUUUGGUUUUUCUCCCCGAGACCAGAGGUAUUCCUAUUGACGAAAUGGCCGAGAGGCGUUGGAAGACGCACCCGCGUUGGAAGAAAUAUUUCAAAGACUAAAUUCGUUUUUUUCUUGUCCCAUGAUAGUUAUUAAUAAUUUGAACAUUUUCCAAAGUUUUUUAACUAGAGUUUGCCUUUUUAGGUUUUCCGUAUGUUCUCUGCUAAUUUUAAUAAUCUAU